CACACUUGUCACCGAACCGGCGCGCCAGACCGGCUCUCUGCUCUGCUCGACUCCAGCGCUCGAGCCCCACGUGUUUGCCGCGACUUGCUUCCGCGAGUGACGCAUUCUCGACGCGCCGCUUCUGUCUCUGCCUACACCCGCCCUCGCGAGUGCCGUUGUCUUCGCGCGUUACACGCUCCCGCGAAGAGAAAGUGCGUGCGACCGACGAGCCGUCCACGGAUGGUGCAGUACCGCGUCGCGUGUGGAGCCACCUCAGACCAGUUGGCGCCGUCUAAGGACCGCGGAGGACCACCCGACGCGGUUCUCUGGACAAUAGUCGCCCUCCCACGGGGGCGUAAAGUAUACAGCAAGUAAUUCCGUUUUAGCUACCCUUCUUGCUACGACCUGGAUUGCAUGAUCUCUACAGCUGUGUUCUCGACGUACCACACCAAAGAAGACACACAUCAGAGGGUAGUUCGUAACUGACCCAUACAGCGAUCUGGUCUCGAAGGCUACCGAACAGUCUGUGAGCGUGUCUGCAGACAGAGUGAAUGGCUAUAAAUUCGGCAGGAGCUAUUGUCAACUCGUGCUUCUCCUUAGAAUUUUGAAGUAUUUGCACUGGCCAGUCCUUCGGUGUCUGCCGCUGAAUAUUAUUUCGGCAGAAGAGGACAACCACUUGUGAACAAUCUACCUGUUCACAACACUGUCGUUAUAACAGAGCCACCCUAAGUGAGGCUUUCGUAAACGUAAGAAAUAUGGUGAAGGCUGCAUCACAGUUUAUUAACAGAGUUCCCAGAUUUGAUUAGGGUAAGCUCUUAAGUGCUGUCCGAAGUCAGCAGAAAGAACGUUGCUAAUGUACGAGUGAUACCGAAACAGCACUGUGAUGCAGUCGUAGAUGGUCUUAAGAGCAGAGUUUUCGCCUAAUUGAGGACGACCGUCAGUUCCAAUACACAGAAGGAACAUCAUCGCAGAAGGAUUGCAAGAAAACAAGAAUCUUCAGCCAAAGUCGAAGCUUUAUGAGCUUGCAUAGCAAAUAAGAACAGUCUAAAUCUUGGAGAUUUAACAGAAGACAUAAUCAGUAUAUCUUUUCAAAGGAAAAAUUUCGUGAGCUACAGAAGUACGCAACCGCCGAAUAGCCACCACAAUCGCCACUGUGGUACAGGAAACGCAAUUGGAAAACAGAAGAAUUAAGAUUAAUAAUCUGUCUGGCAGCCUGAAAUCCUCAUUGUCGACGAUCAGGCCCCAGGAAUACGAGGAGACUAACCGGAGGAAGAAAGCCUAAGUUGGAUAAAACCGAGACAACCGUCUAAAUUGGACCGUCCCGAAGGUGCCGCGUCGUCCCGAUCAUCAGCGAAGCCCCGCCGUCGGGAAAAAUACUGGUCCGGCGCUGCCCCGGCUUGCGCCAGAGCGUCUCCGCCAGAAUGGCCGUGGCCGCCGAAUCGGAGGCGACGUCGCAGACGCCGCAGUCGAUGCGCGAGGCCCUCGAGCUCGCCGAGCGGCUGGCCAGCGCCAGCCUGCUGACGUCACCGAGCGCCAAGCGCCGGCUGGCGGCGCGCAAGCUCGAGCUAGACGGCGUCGGCGCCACCGACGACGAGGGCUGCUUCGUGCCGCCGAGACACCUGCUGCUCUACCUCGUCAGGAUGGGCAGCUUCACAUCGGCGCCGAAGAUCCUGAACGAGGACACGCAGGACAGCGACGUGCAGCUGCCGGAGCGGUUGCCCCGCGAGGAGCUGCUGGAGCGCUGCCGCCAGCAGGUGGCGCCGCUGCCCGCGCUGCUCAAGAGGCGCUUCCGCCGCCUUGGCUGGAGCCCCGACCCGCAAGCUUUCGAGGAACCUGUCAACAACCCAGACUGCAUAAGAGUCUUCCAGUGGAACGUCUUGUCUCAAUCUCUUGGACAGACGAACGACAACUUCGUUUGCUGUCCCGACGACGCACUGGAGUGGCAUAGGCGGAGAUACCACAUCGCUGAGGAGAUCGUACAGUAUUGUCCAGACGUCAUCUGCUUGCAGGAGGUGGACCACUUCAGCUUCCUGACGAAGGUGCUGGGCUCGCAAGGCUACAGCGGCAUCUUCUACCCAAAGCCCGACUCCCCGUGCCUCUACAUCAAGGGCAACAACGGGCCCGACGGCUGCGCCAUCUUCUACAGGCGCGAGAAGUUCGAGCUGCUGCAGUCCGACUCGCGCGUCCUGGAGGUGUGGCGCGUCCAGAGCAACCAGGUGGCGGUGGCGGUGGUUUUGCGCGUGCGCGAGACGGGCCGCGAGGUGUGCGUGGCGACGACUCACCUGAAGGCCCGCCAGGGCGCUCUGCUGUCGACGCUGCGCAACGAGCAGGGCCGCGACCUGGUGCAGUUCGUUCGCGCGCGCGCGGCCGGCCGGCCCGUGCUGCUCUGCGGAGACUUCAACGCCGAGCCGAGCGAGCCGGUGUACGCGACCGUGCGCUCCUGCCCGCACAUGCGGCUCGCCAGCGCCUACGCCGACGGCGCGGACGACGGCCGCGAGCCGGCCUACACCACGUGGAAGGUGCGCGAGGAGGGCGAGGUGUGCCACACCAUCGACUACGUCUUCUACAGCAGCGACGCGCUGCGCGUCGAGGCGCUGCUCGACUUCCCCAGCGGCGACGAGAUCGGCGAGGGCCGCGUGCCGUCCUUCGCCUACCCCUCCGACCACUUCUCCCUCGUCUGCGACUUCCGCUUUGCGCACGCCGACGCCGGCGCGGCCGCCGAGUCGUAGUGGCAGCGGCGGCCUCUCACCUCGGCAGCCAGACAGUGCUCGUUUAUUUAUUUUUUUAACAACGUGUUGUUGUGCACCCACUAUUUAUAUAUUUUUUCACUAGAUUAGGCUGAACGAGCGUGGACGGUUUUAUUGCACUGGGGACUGCUUUCACGGCAGCGGACGGCAGUGUGCGACGUGAGUGGUAUAAGUUGAAAUCGAAACGGCACAUGUAUAACAUUAUAAAAAUGUCUUUCAAUAAAAUAUUUUGUACAUA